GCGCCCCUGCCGACGCUACAAUACUUUCGUUUUUUCUUCGCGCAGUCUUUUCUGUCUCGUCCCUUCUUUUACCCCCCUGCGCUCCGCCUCCACCAUCAUUCUGGCCCCAUCCCAUCGUUACCCGUCUCCUGCUCUGUUUCUCUCGCUUCUCUUCUUCGAUCACUUGAAUUGGUCUUUUUGGACAGUGUCCCUGUUUUGAGCCAUGUUUGCAUAUAUAUAGCCUAUACUUCCACGAAACUAACGCCCCAAAUAUUCUGGCUGCCCGCAGGAAAUCACAUGCAUUGUGGGUAGCUUAUUUUUUAAAUGAAAACAUAGCCUGCUAUAGAGUUUACAAAUGAUUUCCUUCAAUUUCACGUUUCCAUAUCAUUAUAACCCGAUUCAAAAUUAUUUAUGAAUUAAGUACAUUAUUAAUUAAUUAAUCAUUUUUAAUACCUUUCCGACAUUGCCCUUUUCAUCUCACGUACCCCCUAGUGGCAGCUCGCAUGUACCACCGUUUGGGAAUCCCUGCGACUGACCAGAUACAAUCGUGAUCAUACAAUAUUUCAUUUUGAUCAAGGAAACUAACAGAAAAACAAAAAAAGGCAAAGGGACUGAGGCAAAAGACUGUGUACAUAUUUCAAAUUCUGAACGAAGGAACUACUGAUCCCAUUGCAAAUUAUACAUUUUCCAAUUAUGCAUUUGGGUUUCCUCUUGAAUUGUUAAAAAAAUAAAUAUUUGGGUCGUUUCAAAAUUGACAGGGUCGGUCGGGUUACAGCAAACAAAAAUAUGUUUUAAGGAUGAUUUACAUUCUGGAAAGAUGUUAAAGAUCAACACUGAGGUUGUCUAAUUGAUAUAAACCAAAUUGUUUUAAUAAAAUUGGAGUUUGUUCUGGGUAUUUUUUAAUUUUUAUUGUAGAUUGAAAUUCCCUUUUGUCUGCCAAUGGACUAUAUGCCAUGGAAGGCUCUUUGCAUAAAUCGUUCAGCAUUUUAGCAUGUACAUUCACUAGGUGUAACACCCAACUGGGUCAGUGUAAAAAGGUAGACUAAAGCAAAAGCCACUACAAAACAGGUGAUGGUCCACCAGAAAUGUAUGAGCUGGCUGAAAAGCCUUCCCGGAAGAGCCUGACAUAUAGGCCAUUGAGGUACAAGGAAAAUAGUUCAAGAACAGAGAGUAGGCCAAGAGGCUGGAUAAUAAUACAGAGAGAACAAAGUCUCUUUCACUGUGAUCCAGACAGGAACAGAACUAAUAUCUCAUGUGGGGGAGGAUAUGCUAUAGGAAACCCAAAUAAAUUACCUCAUAAAUGAUAAAUGAUUGAUUCCCAGCACCACUUGCACACCCCCCCUAUUGCCUAUAUCAACAUUUCUCUUUUAUGCUAUCACGAUCAGAAGGUUUUUUUUUAUCUACCAGCCCUACUUGUCAGUAACAAUGUUAUUUUAGGAGCCAGGUGUUCUAGAAGAACUCACAAACCAACUUUACACACAUGGGUCUUAGUUCAGCAACCAGUCACUGGCUUGGUCAUUAAUGUUCCUCAGUAUUUUAAUUGCCAAUAGGCCUACAGUAGCCAAUGGAGCUGCUGAUGGAGAUGCUGUUAUUGAUUCUUUGCUCAGAAAAGAUCAUUACUACUCCUACAGGAUCUGUAAAUCUUGGAAACCAGGAACAGGCAGAAGUACCCACCACAGACCCCUCACAUAAUCUCUGAACAACAUUGUUUAAAAGUAUUUUUCUUCUUUUGACAGAUGCAUCUAUGCAACUGCAGGAUAUGAGUGAGUUGCUUAGCUGUGUGAACACCAUGUUGAAGACGACUGCACCCCAAUCAGAGGAGAGCAUGGUGAAGCUGGUGAUUACUGCUGUGAUCCUCCUCCUGACUGUGUCUGGGGUCUCUACUGGCUGUGCCCCAACUGAGUACCUCACAGGACAGAAGUGCUGCCCCAUGUGUAGACCUGGUUUUUGUGUGCAAAGACACUGCACAGAGUUCUUCAGCACAGAAUGUGUUCUGUGUCCGUCAUCAUUCUACACUGACACACUCAAUAAUCUGGAGUCUUGCAGUCCCUGUACAGUUUGUGACUCCAGUGCAGGUCUAAGAGUGAAGAGGCCGUGCAGCUCCACCUCAGACACACUCUGUGAGCCUCUGGAAAGUCACUACUGCACUGACCCAAUCAAAGAUGGCUGCAGAGGAGCUGUGGAACACACAAAGUGCUCAUCAGGACGGUACAUUAAACAGCCAGGCACAUCGUCUUCAGAUACUGUGUGUGGUGACUGUGUAGGUGACACAUACUCAAAUGGAACAUUCACAUCCUGCAGACCACACACACAGUGUGAGUUGCUGGGACUUUAUGUCACAAGAAAAGGAUCAACAUCAUAUGACACUGAAUGUGCUGAAAGAAAAAACACUGUUGCCAUCGUAGUCAGUGUAGUUGCUGUUAUAGUCCUCAUAUGUGGGGUUCUGGUUGGCCUCUUUAUAUUAUGGAAGAAGAAAAAACCCAAACCAACAACCCCACAAGACAUAUUUUUGGAGAAAGACCUUAUUGGUCCAGUGUCAGAUCACAUUGUAACAACAGAGGAGCAAGGUGAAAGCUGUAGUGUGAUGGCAGCAGUUCCGUGAUCAGAAUGAUCUGAAUGGUCCAAGUGGCCAUAUUAGUUAAAAUGAUGCUGCUUAUGAACCAGACAGUAUUGCAGAAUGGCCUGUUCUCAUCCUGGACCGACUGAUCACUGUGACCUGAAGGUGCUGAUGCAUCAUACCUCCC